AUGAUGUCAUCGUGUGCCGAAUCUGAGCAACCCACAAAUGAUUACGAAGCAAUGAUUCAACGUGCAGAAAGUCGUGUUUUUCAUCUGCUUCACUCACUCGAGUGGCAAUUACACACCGAAAAGGUAACUGAUGACAUUUCACUAAUUGCGGUUUCGACUAUUUUUGGGAAAAAGCUCGUGAUUCAUUUUCAUGAUUUAUGUGAAUAACAAUGAUAUUACGAAAUUUUUGCCCAAAACGUUUUUGUGAACUCUUGAGGAAGUACAUCUGACGUGAAGAUCAGCUAAUAUAAAUUAACACAAAGAGACAUUGUUUCAGAAAACUGGAAGUAUAUGGAGCAUGAAAUGCAAUCUAAUGGACAAUUAUAUUUUCCGGUACGAAGGACGUAUUCCAAACCGAUCAUGCGCUGAAGUACGUCACAUUUUACUUAAUUAUACCCAACAAUUCAAAAUAAUAAUAAAAAAAAGAAACAAAAUGUCGUCAAGGGGUACAAUCCUAUAAUUAACUUCUGCUUGUUCCCAGGUUUCUGCAAUGAUUCAUCCGGAAGGUUUACAUCGUCAGAAAUGGGAUUCACAAUCAGCUGGAACUAGUUUGAUAGAAGAUAUUGGUUUUGUACGUACUUUUUGUUCUCUGGCGAAAAAAGUUAGAUUUUUUAGGACACUUCAAUAAUUCUUCACAAAACAAAAUCACGUAUGAUGGGUUUGAUAUCAGCUAGAGAAACUGUUGAUCUUUGCCGGUUUACAACCGAUCCUAUUGAUGGUAGGUUCAUAUUUGUUUUUUUUUUGAAUUGAUCCCGGAUGUUCUGCAGAUUAUGGUUUUAACAAAAAAUAACAUCAUCUUUUUUCACACAGAGCACAUCUAAUUCCAUUCUUGAAAUAUUUACGAGGAGAUUAAAAAUGUGUUUCUGAUCUCCAGAAAUCUAUAAAUAAAUUGUAUAUUAAAUUAGAAACAUCAACAUUAUUUUCAGGAACUCGAUCAGUUGUUAUGGUUAGUGUUGAAUCGGAAAAAGUCCCACAAAAAUCAGGAGUUGUUCGAGCGCAAACAUAUCCAACCCUUCUAUUAAUCAGUCCGUUGUGAGUUUGAUCUUCAUUUGUUUUUGUUUUGACUUGAUUUGUGACGAACAAAUCCCUCGAGAAAAUUUUUAAUUUCCAUUUCUAGGAAAGCUUAUUAGUAAACAAUACCUAACUAGUGUCUAGUUUAUCAAUGAAUAAAAACAUAUUAUUAUUACAGAGGUGCAACUGAUACGAAAAUUACUGCAAUUCUUCAAGCUGAAUUAUUUCUUCAAGGCAUCCCUCAUUCAGUUGUUGAUAGUUUGAUGCCCAAGGUUUGUUUUUUUUUGCCGAUGCAACACAAAAAACGUUUUAUUGUUAUCUUAUCUAAUAAUUUGCAAACCACAGGUACAUUCAAAAUUCGAAAAUGCAAGAAAAGUGCAAAUAUGCAUGUGUAAUAACUAUAAGACGAUUUUGUAUAAGUAGAUCAGAUAAACAAAACACCGUUUGAGAUCUAGAUCAAAUGUUUUGAGAUCACUGAAGAAAAAUUGAGCAGGUGAAUCAUCUGAAUUGUUGUUUUUGCAGGGCAUCUCGAAUUUUUUCGAUGAUUUGAUCAAAUAUGCUUCCAAUGAUUCCACAAAAGUAUCACUCAAUCAUUCACUGACUGGAUGGUCUGAAGGAAUUGAAGCAGCCAAAAUUGAACAAUGUUAA